GUCAGAGGUAGCGGCGAGGCCAAGACUGAACUAUACGUUCGUGGACUCAGGUCGUGCGCUCUAGUUUGCUGAAAGUCAAGUAAUAAAUUUUUAUUAAACAUGUCUGGCCGUGGUAAAGGAGGAAAAGUUAAGGGAAAGGCAAAGUCCCGAUCAAACCGUGCUGGACUUCAAUUCCCCGUCGGUCGUAUCCAUCGUCUGUUGAAGAAGGGAAACUAUGCUGAACGUGUUGGUGCUGGCGCUCCAGUAUAUUUGGCUGCCGUGAUGGAGUACUUGGCUGCUGAAGUCCUCGAGUUGGCCGGUAACGCUGCCCGUGACAACAAGAAGACCAGGAUCAUCCCAAGGCAUUUGCAAUUGGCCAUCCGUAACGACGAAGAAUUGAACAAACUUCUGUCUGGAGUAACCAUCGCUCAAGGUGGUGUACUUCCAAACAUCCAAGCUGUUCUUUUGCCAAAGAAGACAGAAAAGAAAGCUUAAGAAAUUCCAUCUGUGAAGCUGCAUCAAAAAAUCAACCGUCCUUUUCAGGACGACAAAA